AUGAAAAGUGAUAUAUUCAACAUAAGAAUCCUGUUCGGGAUUGGAAAGUUACUCGGUGUAACGCCCCUGUGGAUGCACCGUUCAAAAGUUCUUUCGAAAGUUUACAUUUCAUUCCUCAUCCUCCUGGUUACGUUCGGCACUUUCCUGUCGGUCAAGAAGAGAUACAUGGCGCUGUCGGAGUUAGACAUGAGCAUCGACCAAGCGUUCCUCGAGAGCUCCGAGUGCUUCACGGAGAUGCUCUUUAUGCUUUCGUGUUUCCUGGGAGUCAUCCGCAGAAACGAAGCCUGGGGAGAACUCUUUCACAACUUCGUCAGAGCCGAAGAACAGUUACGCGGGAUAGAUUUCAAUGACCACGGUCAUCUAUGCGUGUUCGGUGUAAGGUUAAUAGUUAUAAAUGUGGCAUUCUUCGCGGUACACGCGUAUGAAAUAAUCAUAUGGGAAGAAGUCCACGAAUUCAGCAUAGAAUACGGUUAUAUCCUGUACAGGAUAUCUAUGUACUACCAGUUCUUCACUGUAUAUGUGGUUGUCUGCUUAGCUGAGAUGUUGAAAAAGAGGUACGCGUUUCUGAACAAGCUCGUCGAGCGCACUUUGAAGGAAAGGAGCAAGGUUAUCGUCAUUUCCACCAAGGACAGUAGACGCGUCUUGGACAAGCUCACUAAGAUACAAAGAAUUUACACUGUCCUACACAACGCUGUGCAGAACAUAAACGCUAUAUUUGGUUGGACUCUGUUCUUCUACUUCUCCACGUUCGUGAUGAACAUCCUGGUGAAUAUUAAUUACGUCUUGAGGUACACGCAGACGGAAAACGUCGAUUUGAAUCUGAAGAUACUGGCAACUUAUGUUAGUUACUCUGUGGUUUACACUAUUUCGACCAUUUCGAUAGUGAUGUCAUGUGAUGAAGUAGAUCGUAGUGGCAAGACGAUUGUGAAAACCUGCUUUCUCCAUCAAAAAGUGCUGGAAAGGCCUUCCAUCAAGGACGAAGUGAUCUUCUUUGCCAGGAUAAUGAAGGAGCUGGCACCCACCUUCUCCGCUGCUGGAUUUUUUCCGAUAAAUCA